AUGCUGUGCCACAUCCACUGCCACCUGUUUCUGCUGCAGCUCCUUGUCAUGGGUAUGCCCUUCCUGCAGGGAUCCCCCGUUUCAAGUCCGGAAAUAUCCAACAAGGGUUCCAAGUCCUCAAAUAGCGUGCAGCAGGUGCAACAGCAACAGCAGCAGCAGCAGGAGGCCCACCUUAAUUCGCUGAGUGCCUAUGCUAGUGGCUACGACAUGACCCAGCAAAAUCAACUACAAAAUCAGCUACAGAACCAAGUGCUUUCCUCUACGGAUCCUGCGUUCAAGCCCUCGUACAAGAUGCCCGAAAUGGAGACCAAUUUCACGCCAAUGCAAACGGCCGGAACUCCGAGUGUGGCCAGUUUGCCCUCGACUCCAAUGCUCAUGCAAUACCUGCCGGCCCAGACGAUCCAGGAUGGUUCGGGGAAUACCGUCCAGUACCUUCAGUUGAUCCCCACCCGACCGAUUAUAGUGCCCAUCUCGCCAUAUCUUUCGGCUGCAGCAGCGGCGGCUGGAUCUACGGCCAUUUCCGCCGGCGGACAACCGGACUUUGGUGGACGGACAGCUGCUGUUUUGAGUGCUCUGCCGCCGAAUUACGGAGCACCCCUCCAGGGAUAUGCCACUAGUGUGGGGGGUUCGCCCAUCAAUCCAACUGCCGCCUUUCGCAAUAGCUAUCGUAUCAACCGUGAGGCCAAGGACAAGCACUUCCCGCCCUCAUUUUCACUGAAUCUCAACGAAUAUCUGCCGGCCUCCUCGAUGGGAUUGAGCCACGACACCUCCGCCAAUGGGCCCCAUUUGUACCUGAGGGCCAGACCUUAGGAUAGAUUAUAAGCUACCGCCAAAGUCUUUUAGCCUUUAGAACUGUUAUUUUUUUGUUUGUUCUUAACCGUACCAAAAGUCCCGAAUAAA